ACCACUAAUAGAAAGAAGAAAAAUUUCGUUAUAAGAUUUUGUAUCCGAUUGACCUAGUAAUUUUCGAUUAAUUGUCUUUGAAGCUUGUGUAUGUGGCUACUAGGGCAGAGUGGUUGAAAUAUAAAUAUCCAUUUGCAUGUCAAUUAGGCCAACUAAAGGGUUUUUAAUUGCGUCAGGAUGGAGCAGGAUAGAGCUGAAAGCAGCGCUAACCCUGGGAAGAGGUCACGACCUCUAUUGCUGCGGCCCAGACCUACAAUGGCUAGACAAUCAGCAUAUGCUAACUCUUCGAGUGGAGUGCUAAAGAACUCAAAGAGGAGCAAACAGAAUGAAGCCUCGAAUAAGAAGCCUAAGUUGAUGUAUAACAAGAGCGAUGUACCUGCGGGUGGCACACCAGUGCCUGAAAAGCAUGUGCGGAAAGCAGGUCCAUACUUGCUAGGCCCUAAACUUGGCCCUAGUCCAGUGAAGAGCAUAGUACAAUGCUUAGCACGAAAGGAGAAAACAGAUGAUUUUUAUCAGAUCAAAAUUUUGACUUUGAAGAGCGAAGGUCAACCUGAGACCCAAGACGAUAGGCAAGGAAAGAUGUUGCUGCAUACUGAACACUCACUAUUAUCACUGCUGAAAGACCAAGAAGGUGUCAUUCAACAUCACGGAUUAUUUAAGGAUCACGCUCUUGAAGAAGUGCCAAACCCGAAUGGCCCAGGCUUCGUUUACACUGGCCGAGUAAGGCAGCGAUUAUUCCUUGUACUCGACUGCGUAACAGCUCAUCAGUUCAGCGAAAAAGGAACUGAACUUAUUAACUUACAACAGUAUGUAACUAAAGUAAAGAAAGUACCUGAACGGGAAGCUAUAUUGAUAUUCUACGAUAUCGUCAAGGUGGUUGCAAAUUUGCACAAGAGGAACAUAGUGCACAGGGAUCUAAAAUUAGGUAACAUAGUGCUAAACCAAAGGACUGGCAGAGUGACCAUCACCAAUUUCUGUCUCGGGACGCACUUGGGCAGCGACAGAGACCUUUUGAAGGAUCAGAGAGGAUCACCAGCUUACAUAUCACCAGAUGUGCUAAUGUGCAAACCUUAUCUCGGGAAACCGUCAGACAUGUGGGCUUUGGGCGUCGUACUUUACACAAUGCUGUAUGGUCAAUUUCCCUUCUGCGAUACCAGUCUCGCUCAGCUAUUCAGUAGAAUUCAAGCUGCAAAUUAUAAUAUACCACCAGAUGGGAAUUCAGUAAAAAUCUCCGACAGCACUGUAUUUCUCAUCCAAAGACUGCUGGUGAAAGAUCCAAAACAUAGACUACUAGCUGAUGAGGUGGCAGACCAGCUAUCGAGCAUAAUUGCAAGCUAUGUGGUCAUUCCUAAUCCUCCCGAGGAUCUGCAGGUGGUUCCUGAAGUGCCGCUGGAUGAAGACAGUAAGAAUAAAAACGCUAAUGCUAGUCAGUCGUCCACUGAGGUCGACAAGAAACCUUUAUCGAGUGUUACUGAAAAUGGUAACGAGAGGACACCCAAUGGCAGUGAGGAUCUCGGUGUUUACUGCGUGCCGCUACCUGACUUCCUUGCCCUAAACUUUCCUUCUCCUACACGAGUGCAGCAGAAUAGUAUUCUUGUCCACCCUACGCAAUCGAAUGUUGAUUCUUCAUCGAUCACCGCACCAAAUCAGCAGAACCAGCACCCAAUCACUGUGCAAAGAAUUGGAAGAGAUGCUAGACCUUUAAUGGCGUCCGAGAUAGCAAGGUAUCAACACAUGUUUGCUUCGAAUCAGAACCAAAGAUCAUCAGCGGAGCAGCAGCCGCAGCAGAGGCGUCCUGAGACACAAAACUCAGUUUCUUCCCAGGAACGACCGGAAAACUCACGCCUUCGAAACUUGGCGCAGAGGAUUCCUCGUCUUAAUCCAGUCACUGCGACUACCACAAACAGUCAAAGCUCGUCAUCAUCUUCGUCUUCGGCGGGCUCCUCGGACCAAGUCAGAAUAAUACCUUGGUCGGAGCGAUCCAGACUUCAGGUGGACCGCUCGUUAGACAACGAGUUCGUGCUAAGAUUGCCGUUUGUUGACUUAGGAAUACAGCCUACUACGCACAUUGUGACACCGUCCGGCCGACGAAUCAGCAUCGAUCCCGCACGACCGAGCUCGCGUCCAGAUCACACUGAAAACGAUAAUUGAGAUCAGCCUCGUCGCGAGCGACGAGUUAUACGUACAUUGUCUCGAUUAGAAAGUGACUACUUACGUAGCUACUUUCUGCUAGACCCCCGUGAUGAUAAUGUGUAAACAAGAAAACAGUACUCAAAACAAUAGUGCGUGUUACGUUAAUACCAUUUUCAAUCACAAAGACAUUUUAAAGUUCAAUGUAGCAGUGGAAUAUGAUAAUAAUUUUUAUUCGUGGAUGGAUGAUUCACCCUUAUAAUGAGCACUUACCAAGCCGACGUAGAACGUUAGUCGAUAUAGUUUGAGAAAGACUUGGAAUGCAGCUCGGUUUAGUGUGAAUGAGUUUGAAUAUGUUUGAGGUUCGGCUUGGUGAAGUGCGACUCAUUCUUUAUUCGGUGUGAUAAAUAGUUAUAAGGUUAUUGAAACUUAAUAUUAUUAAUUAUGUAUCUUACGAAUUAAACGUAUCACAUUUUCAUGUGUUAUUCGAAAUAGAGGUAAUUUGCA